CGCUGCAAAAUUAGGUACUAGCAAAGCAUAAAACACACCACUUUACCACUUCUUGAUAUCCAAAACUGAAAAACCCUCUCAUUAUACACAUAAAUAGCUAUAACUCAACGAGAACCGCGAUAUCAUAAUGAGUGUUUGAAUCUGAUAGUUACGAGUGAGAAGAUUGUAAAUAAGUGAGAGAAGCUCCUUUCCUCCCUAUAAAUUUCCCCGGAAAGUUCAUUCAUUCCCAUCCUAACUUCAUCUUUUCACUUCUCAUCUCAAUCACCACAUUCAUAUUAAUCAAAGAGCUAUAUGGAAAUAUCCAAUGUGAUGCUUCUUGUAGCGAUCGUUGCAGCGUAUUGGUUAUGGUACAAGAGGAUCUCACGGUGGCUAAAAGGUCCACGUGUGUGGCCUGUAUUCGGCAGUCUCCCUGGUCUGAUAGAGCAGCGUGACAGGAUGCAUGAAUGGAUCACCGAGAACCUCCGUGCGUGCGGCGGUACUUACCAGACUUGUAUCUGUGCAGUGCCUUUCUUGGCAAAGAAGCAAGGCCUCGUGACUGUCACGUGUGACCCGAGGAAUCUUGAACACAUGCUCAAGACCCGGUUUGAUAAUUAUCCUAAAGGUCCAACGUGGCAAUCCGUCUUCCACGACCUUCUCGGUCAAGGUAUUUUCAACUCCGACGGUGACAUUUGGCUAUUCCAACGCAAAACCGCUGCUCUUGAAUUCACAACAAGAACGUUGCGGCAAGCCAUGGGAAGGUGGGUAAACCGAGGAAUUAAGCUCCGGUUCUGUCCAAUUCUUGAAUCAGCUCAAGCCAAAGCCGAGCCGAUUGAUCUCCAGGACUUGAUACUCCGGCUCACAUUUGAUAACAUUUGCGGGUUGGCUUUCGGAAAGGACACGAAAACCUGCGCGCCGGGGCUGCCUGAGAACAGUUUUGCGACGGCUUUCGACCGAGCCACCGAAGCAUCGCUCCAAAGGUUUAUUUUGCCGGAGUUUCUGUGGAAGCUGAAGAAAUGGCUUGGACUGGGCCUAGAAGUCAGUUUGAGCCGAAGCUUGGAAGAAAUGGAUGGAUAUUUAGCCAAGGUCAUUAAUACACGUAAGCAGGAACUGAUGAGUCAGCAAGAGAGUGGACACGACGAUCUCCUCUCGCGUUUCAUGAUGAAGAAGAAAGAAGCGUACAGCGACACUUUCCUCCAACACGUGGUGCUUAACUUCAUCCUAGCUGGACGUGACACGUCAUCAGUUGCGCUGAGCUGGUUCUUCUGGCUCAUCACGAUGCAUCCGACCGUCGAGGAACAAAUCGUCCGCGAGAUCUGCUCCGUUCUGAUCGAGACACGUGGCACUGAGAACAACGCCGCGUCUUGGACGGAGGAGCCGUUAGGUUUUGACGAGAUCGACCGACUAGUUUACCUGAAGGCGGCGCUCUCGGAGACGCUCAGGCUCUACCCGUCGGUGCCGGAAGAUUCGAAGCACGUGGAGAACGACGACGUUUUACCUGACGGGACUUUCGUGCCGGCGGGAUCUUCCGUGAGUUACUCGAUAUACGCGGCGGGGAGGAUGAAGUCGACGUGGGGAGAAGAUUGUCUCGAGUUUAUCCCGGAGAGAUGGAUCUCCCCCAUCGACGGCAAAUUCAUCAACCACGAUCAAUAUCGAUUCGUGGCAUUCAACGCAGGACCAAGGAUCUGCCUCGGAAAAGAUCUUGCAUAUCUUCAGAUGAAGACCAUCGCGGCGGCGGUGCUUCUACGUCACCGGAUCACGGUGGUUCCGGGACACAGAGUGCAGCAGAAGAUGUCUUUGACGCUUUUUAUGAAGAAUGGGCUUCUGGUUAAUCUGCAUAAGAGGGAUCUCGAAGGAACCAUAAAGAGUCUAGUGGUGGCGAAGGGUGACGGUGUCGUCAGCGGCAAAUGUGACGGCGUCGCUGUUUGAUGGAUGACCGUAAGCAAUAGAAGUUACGUUGGCUUAAAGCUGAUUACGUCUCUGAUUUAUAAACACAUUUUUUUUAUUCCAAAGAAGAAAAAAAAAACAUGUUGGACAGAAAUACGAUUAAUGGUUUUAAAUUUGUUCAAUAUGAAACUGUAAGCAUAUACAUUUCAAUAAUAUUUUUCUGGCUUUGUUUUGUUUA